AUAAAAACUUUCACAAGUCCCAAAAAAAAAAAAAAAUAAUCUUUGAAAAAUCUUUCAUAAUUUUCUUCUACUUUUGAAAACAAAUUUCGAACAGUUAAGUUCAAAAUUCUUAAUUUUGGCUCCACCAAAAUUUGAUAUACCUAAAAAACUGCCAUCAUUAAAAUGUGUGAUCCAUGGUAUUCUAAUUGCGGCAUUAGAGGAACAUGUGGCCCGUACGGACCAUAUGGAACUUGUGGAACUUAUGGCACUCUAUCCUGUGGACCAUAUCCACCAUGUACACCAAACCAACCGUAUGCUUGUGGUCCAUGUGGCAUACCAAUAGCUUCAGGACCCCGAAUGCCCAACGGAUCAGGUGUGCCGUAUGGAACUCUUUAUGGCUGCGGUCCAUGUGCUUCAUAUGGACCAUCUGGUCCAUGUGGACCUUGUGGUCCAUGUGGGCCAUAUGAACCUUUGGCACCUUGUCAGACAUAUUGCACGUAUGGACCGUGUUCAAGAAUUCAAUAUAGAACAUGCUAAAAUAAAUGACACUAAACAGUUUUUUUUUUACACAAACUUUAAAGGUUUUUAAGAAAAAGAAGUAUAUAAUAAAAAUCGUAAUGGUUUUGGAA